AUGGAAAUUAAGUUAAUUAUUUUGACAUGUUUUCUUUUAUUUUCUUCAGUUAAAUCUGAUUCAAGUGUUGUUUAUCCUGAAUCAGAUACAAAUGAAAAUAGAAAGCCACAAAGUCAUAUGAGACAGCCUGUCACUUCAUCAAAAUGUGGAGAGGGUGAACUCUUGUACCCAGGCGACACUGCUGGAGAUUGGACGUGUGACUGUCGACCAACAUUUUUGUAUGAUCCUAGAAUGAUGAAAUGUUAUCGUGCAUACUCGAAAGGACCUUGUCAAGCAAAUGAAAUCUUUUGUCUCCCCAAAUCUUCAUUUAUACCAAAAUGUGAACAAAAUAUUUGUGGUCCAGGAAGAGUUCUUUUCAACAAUGUUUGUGCUACAAUUGAUGGUUUUGAAGGAUGCAAGCAACCUUCACCAGGAAGAAAUACUCAUCGGCUUCUCGUAGAUGCAACGACAAUGCAAUUACAUUGUUCAUUCCUAACACCUUCAAGAUCACCUGAACCUAUUGACGAACAAGAAGGAAUUUAUGAAACAAAAGCUUGCUUUAUAGGUGGAAAGCGAUCACAACAAGGAUUGUGCCCAACAUCAGAAUGA